AUGGCCUCUCCCACCGUCAAGCUAAACAGCGGCUACGACAUGCCCCUCGUGGGCUUCGGUCUCUGGAAGGUGAACAACGACACCUGCGCGGACCAGAUCUACCACGCCAUCAAGGAAGGAUACCGUCUGUUUGACGGCGCCUGCGACUACGGCAACGAAGUCGAAGCCGGCCAAGGUGUCGCGCGGGCCAUCAAAGACGGUCUGGUCAAGCGCGAAGAGCUCUUCAUCGUCUCCAAGCUAUGGAACAGCUUCCACGACGGCGACCGCGUAGAACCCAUCUGCCGCAAACAGCUCGCCGACUGGGGCAUCGACUACUUCGACCUGUACAUCGUGCACUUCCCCAUCUCACUGAAAUACGUCGACCCUGCGGUUCGCUACCCGCCGGGCUGGAUGUCCGAGAACGACAAGCUGGAGUUCGGCAACGCCACGAUCCAAGAGACCUGGACGGCGAUGGAGUCGCUCGUGGACAAGAAGCUCGCUCGUAGCAUCGGUAUUAGUAACUUCUCUGCGCAGCUGGUCAUGGAUCUGCUGCGGUAUGCGCGCAUUCGUCCUGCUACGCUGCAGAUCGAGCAUCAUCCCUACCUCACGCAGACGAGACUGGUUGAGUAUGCCCAGAAGGAGGGGUUGACAGUCACGGCGUAUAGUUCUUUCGGACCGUUGAGUUUCCUCGAGUUGAGCGUGCAGAAUGCGGUGGAUACGCCGCCGUUGUUCGAGCAUCAGCUUGUUAAGGGCAUUGCGGAGAAGCAUGGACGCACACCGGCGCAGGUGUUGUUGAGGUGGGCUACGCAGAGGGGCGUGGCGGUUAUUCCGAAGAGUAACAACCCUCAGCGGUUGAAGCAGAACCUGGAUGUUACCGGGUGGAAUUUGGAGGAGGAGGAGAUCAAGGCUAUUGCUGGGUUGGAUCGCGGGUUGCGGUUCAAUGAUCCUUUGGGAUACGGACUCUACGCUCCUAUUUUCUAA